CCCGCAAGUUGAAGAAGCUGGGCAACCUGAAGAUGCAAGAAGAAUCCGAGGGAGCCGGGCCCUCCAGCCCCACAGAGGAGCAGGUGCCCAAGAUGUCCAUGACUCGCAUCGAAGGCCUGGAGUGCCAGCCCAUCUUCCUCAACGUCCUGGAGGCCAUCGAGCCAGGGGUGGUGUGCGCCGGCCACGACAACAACCAGCCGGACUCCUUCGCUGCCCUCCUGACCAGUCUGAAUGAACUCGGAGAACGACAGCUGGUCCAUGUAGUGAAAUGGGCAAAGGCUCUGCCAGGUAAGGAACAUCUCGAGGAAGAGGCCUUCAGGCACAUCUCCUCCGUCCCAAGUGGCUAU